UUCUUGUUAUGAAUGAAUUUUGCAGGUGUUGUAAUGAGAUACGCCUAUGUGUACCUAAAUAAUAAGUAAAUCUUUAUACAAUUUACCUUCAACGAGUUCUUUGUUUGAGAAAUGAUUACUUGAAAGUAAAAUGAGCUUCUUAUUUUCUAUAAUAGUGCUCAGUAUUUUAAUUCAAAAGUAAUAAUGACAGCGAACUGGUUGAAAGAAUUAAAAUCUCGGUCCAAUUCUGUCAAAACUUUUAAGUCUUACGUUGAUUUAAAUCCCGAUGAAAAAGAAGAAGAAACUAAUUUCAAGCAAGUAAAAAAUUCUUCGGAUUUGAAUGACUUAAAGAAAAAGGCUGAAGAGUAUAAUGUUGAACAUGAUCCAUAUCCCAAGCCCAAUCUAUUGCCUGGAGAAGUAAUAAUAUCAGAAGCUGAAAAUGUUUUAAAAUUCAACACUUUGAGUGAGCUGAAUCGUGGAAUAUCUGGAGUUCUGUUAUGCACAAAUUUUAAAUUGAGCUUUCUUACUGCUGAAAACUUUCCAUCAAAUCUGUAUCAAAAGAAUUUACUGCUUGGUGAAAAUGAUAUUUGUUUGAUCAAUAUUGAUGCUAUCUACCAUGUCUAUAAUGGAAGAAGGAAAAAGUUAAAUGGGAACAAUAUUGGAACUAAUGUUGAAAUCAUAGAAGUUCAUUGUAAAGAUUUUAGGAUUUAUACAUUUAGUUUCAAAUUCUCACCACUAAGGCAAAGAUCUGUGAUAAAUACUAUUAUCCAUCAUGCUUUUGUACCUAAAAUUCACCUCCUUUUUGCUUUUGAUUAUGCUGAGGAAUCUUCUGGUCCAGAAGAAAAUAAUUCAUUUCUCUUUACUCAACCGUGCCACUGGGAAAGUGAAUUGGAAAGGUGCAAAUGUCCUGGAUGGAGAGUUACUCAGGCCAAUGAAAAAUUUCUCUUAUGUGAUAGUCUUCCAGAAUCUUUUGUGGUGCCUUCAAUUUUGCUUGACAUGAAUUUAAAUAAAACUGCUCCUCAUUUUGCUGCUCACAGAGUUCCUACUUGGAGUUGGGGUUGUUCAUCUGGAGCCUCAAUUGUUCGAAUGGCUUCUUUAGAUCCUAGCAUAUCUGACAGUAAACAAAGAGAUGUGAUGAUUGAUGCAAUUAGUAGAGCAAGUCCUCGUCAACUACCUGUACAAAUUUUUAAUUUAGAUGAGUCAUGCUCUAGUUACAAAGAAAUUCAAAGCAGUUUUCUAAAACUUAAAGAUUUGUGCAUGCCAAGUACACCUCAAGAGUUUUGGGAAUCGGAUAACAAUUAUUUAAGCAAACUAGAUUCAACAAAAUGGUUGCAUCAUGUUUCAUCAUGUCUUAACAUAGCUUUAGAAGCUGCAGAGCGUAUCAUUAAAAACAACACAACAGUCAUAUUCUGUGAACAUGAAGGAAGAGAUUUGAGUUGUGUACUUUCAAGCUUAGUGCAAUUAAUUAUGGACCCUGUGUAUCGAACUACAUCUGGAUUUGAACUGCUAAUUCAAAAAGAAUGGGUUGCUUUAGGACAUCCAUUUACUGAAAGGCAUCACUUGAUAAGUGGAUAUGAAGCAGAAGAGGCACCAAUCUUUUUAUUAUUUCUGGACUGUGUUUGGCAACUCUUACAGCAAUGUCCAACCGUAUUUGAGUUUUCGGAAACAUACCUGACAACAUUAUGGGACAGUUGUCAUGUGAGUUUGUUUGAUACAUUUUUAUUUAGCAAUCAUAAAACUCGUGCAGAUGCAAUAUUAACGCUUAAUUCAGGGAAUAACUUUUGUUUAAGAAGCAUUUGGGAUUGGUCAAAGCAGUUUACCAGAAACGAUCAGCGACUAUUUUCAAAUCCAUUGCACAUGUUACGAAAAUAUGCUACGAUAUCUCCCAGUAAAUCUCCAUCAAAAGCUGAAAGGCCCAAAUCGUUUAGUUCCAUAAAAGAAACUAGUCUGUCUCAGUGUCGACCACUUUUCGUGAAAAAUGACAACAUUGAACCAAUUGUAUGGAACGAAGAAGAAGAAAACUUGCUGUGCAUUGAUCCAUUUAUAAAAUCCCUAAAGUUCUGGCAUCAGUGCUAUUUGAGGUGGAUUCCCCUUGCACAUUUAUUGGGUGGAGGCCCACCCAUGCUUUUUUUGAAUAAUCUUAAAAUUGCCAAUGAAAUACAAAUUUUAGAAAAAAAGAUUAAAUCAUUAACAGCUCGAAUAAAACUCAACAAAGCACCAUCGAGACACAGGCGUGUGGCAUCCGAUGAUUACACUAUUUCAGCUGAAGUGAUAGGUGCAACUCAGAUGCAAGAAGGGUCGUCUGUUAUCACAUCUGUGUUUCCCUUUUCUCCUGUUGCUCCCUGGGAUUGGAGCUCCUACCAGUUUGUGCCUUCUACAUCCUGCCUGAAAAUUAGUUAUACAGAAACGGAAGAAAUUCUUGAUGAAUGACAGUUUAAUAAGCAUUUCGUUUUGAAAAAAAAAUUUCCCAUAAACUGCUAAAGAUAUUGUUUACCAGUAGGUUUUAAAAACUUCAUGUAAGAAUUGUUCAGCUUUUUUUUUUCUUUUCCAGUCUGAUGGGGAAUAUUUUCUUUGAAUUUCAUUGUCUAUUCUUUGCUCUUGGCAAGUAUAUUAAUUUUAUCUGGUAAAUUUAAAUAAUCUGUACAGUGGUUUCAACAAGAGUAAAGGUGUGUACGUGUAUUGUAUUCUUUUCUCUGGGCUGGAAAUCGAGUAAAAUUAUAAUAUGAAAUAAUUCUGCCUUUCAAUGAAUAACAAUUCUGAAGUGUAUUUAAUAUAAAUUUUAUAAUACUUUCAUUCAUAAAAAUUUAAUUUGUAGGUGUUUUUUUCCCCCUUUAUGAAGUUUGGUGUUUAAUUGUUAAGCAAGAUUUGUUGAUUUUAUUGUUUUCAAAUAGUUAUUUAGCUUUUUUGUUGUUGUUUUUCUUCUUUCUUUUACUUCAUCUACUUAUAAUCCAUGCAUGAAAAAUGUUUAUUAUCACUAAAACUCAGUAGGUAAUCUUUAUCAAAUCAUUCAAAUAUUUCUAAUAAAUGAAAUCACACAACUAUUGGAAGGGAAGUGCAAUAAAUAUUUUAUUCUCAAUUCCUAAUAGAACUGCAAAAACAAUUAACUUUCUGCAAUUUGACUAAUAUUUCUCACAGUUAACAGUUGGGAAGUAAAAUUAUGUGCAGUACAAAUAAAUGGUGAAAUUCAUGUCAGUAAAGCAUUUUCCCCCCUGCAAUAAUGCAUAAACGUGUUUUGGUUUUAGAAGGAACUUUUUUUUUAAGCACAAAGAAAGUUUCAAGCUUUCAUGCGCUUAGCUUCUUUGCAACCACUGCUUAGCGUCUGGAAACUCAAAAUUUCUUCCUUGAAGAAGAUUUUCUUUGCAUUCCAAAACUUUUUAGCUACAAUAUUUUAGAAAAUAUGUGCUUUUGUAACUAUUCGAUCAUUUGUUUUUCAAAAAUCUUUAAGGGUCAUUCUUCAAAAAGUGUAACUUUUCUGUCACACGUCUUUUACAGUAAAAACUUCAAGGAACAAUUCAUUUAACAAUGAUUUUUAAUUUCAUCGAAAAUAUAUCUAUUUAAACCUGCCAACAUUUUUUUAAUAAUAAUUUUUAUUUUAGUAUAUUUAUGGUUCACAACAUGUGAAUUCUCACCUCCGUGGCAUGUCACACAUCUUUUGUGACUGUUUAUGUUGCUUAAUAACUUGUUUAAUUAAAAUAAUAUACUUAUUUAUUUAUUAUUCUUUUCACAAGUGUCUCAAAUACUAAUUGUUUAAGUACAUUUAAGUUUUUAAUAUUGUGUUUUUGUGCGUUUUAGUACGACAAGGAAUCAUGUCACAAAAUAAAUUCUCACCUCUGUUACCUAAACACAAAAUGCUAUUUCUCAUUAACACGUGGCAGUAAUGACAUCAAAUUUUAUUUUCCAUGAUACAAGGGAGCCCCCUUGUUUCUUUUCAGCAAUAGUUGAAGUUGUGAGAUUUUUGUCGAAAAACAAGAAAAUAGAUUUUGCUUUAAAAACUUAGUGUGGUUCUUCUGACUUCUCACCUCCGUGAACUUGAAUUUCAGGGAUAUAAAUGAAUGUAAAAAAAAGAGUGAACAUGUUUUCAUAUGCUUAACAUGUGCAGAUUGUAGCAACAAAGAAAAAAAAUCUCCCUGAAAAAUGUAUCUAUUAGCCCUAUAUUAAUGAAAAAUUCUUCAUCUCCUUGACAAACCUUAUAAACUUGCAUCAUUAUUUCUGAGGUAAAAAUAAAUGAUGUAGGGUAAAUACAUCAAUUAUAUUCGUUCUAAAAAAAUUUUAAAUUUCCAGUAUAUCCUCAAAUUUACUAAAUACUAUUUUUUAACAUACAUUUGAAACUACUAAUCAAGCCGUACUUUAAUUAAGAGAGCUGAUGUAUUAUAUUCCCACUAAUCAUUAAAAUAGCUGAUUGUUUGCACAAUUAACAAAAUUACUACUUUGAUAUUGAAUUGGCCUUGAUUUUUAAUUAUGAAAAGUUUUUUUCUUUUUUUU